UAAGUUUUACAAAGUCACAAGCUACAAAGAAAUAUUCCAACACGCCGUGGCUCCAGCGGCCCUGUGUUUGUUUUUGACCAGGAACAACAACAACCAUAUACAAUUCAAAAUGAAGCACCUGCACCUGCAAUGAAGUACUACUAGUCCAGCCAUGCUCAUCCCAGCUCCGAAGCUCAUACCACCCAUGCAGCCGGCCAUGUCCGCUCAGCUCCUCGCUCUCCUCCUCUCCAGUACCUUGAUGCUUUCCUCUCCACCCCUGAUCGGCGCCGCAGCUCGCGACACCCUGCGCCGGAAAUCCUCGAUCGCCGUCGAGGACCACGACACCCAUACCCUCCGGUCACCGGACCGCACAUUCUCCUGCGGCUUCCACCGCGUCUACAAAGACGCCUUCACCUUCUCGGUAUGGUACACCGACGACGAGGCGGCCGUGGUCUGGAGCGCCAACCGCGGCACCCCCGUGCACGCCUGGGGCGCCGCCGCCACCCUGCGCAAGGACGGCGCCAUGGUGCUCACCGACUACGACGGCACGGUGGUGUGGCAGGCCGACGCCAAGUCCGCCGAGUACGCCCAGCUGCUGGACACUGGCAACCUCGUCCUCAAGAACUCCAGCGGCGACGUCGUCUGGCAGAGCUUCGACUCGCCGACCGACACGUUCCUCCCCACGCAGCGCAUCACGGACGCGUCCAAGUUAGUCUCCACCACUGAUCAGUUGCAUGUUCCCGGCCACUACACCUUCCGUUUCAGCGACCAGUCGAUGCUGUCGCUCAUAUACGAUAAUGCCAACAUGACCAGCGUGUACUGGCCAGAUCCUGAUUUCAUGUACUACGAGAACAACAGAAACUUGUACAACAGUACUAGAAUAGCAAGCCUUGAUGACUCCGGGGAGAUCUUUUCGAGCGACUUUGCUAAGAGUAGUCGUGUGCGUUAUGCCUCUGAUACGGGCGCUGGGAUUAAGAGGAGGCUUAAAUUGGAUAAUGAUGGGAAUGUUAGGCUCUACAGCUUGAAUAAUUCAGACAAAAAAUGGACAGUUUCAUGGAUUGCUGAAUUCCAACCAUGCAUGACUCAUGGGUUGUGCGGCCCCUAUGGAAUCUGCCACUACUCGCCCGCACCGACAUGUUCUUGCCCGCCUGGCUAUAAGAUGAGGAACCCAGGUAACUGGACACAAGGUUGCAUGCCUAUUUUUGAUAUAUCAUGCCAAGGGGAACAAAAUUUGACUUUUUUGGAACUUCGAAACACUGAUUACUGGGGAUCUGAUCAGCAACGUAUUGAAAAAGUGUCAAGAGAAAUCUGUCAGAACGUUUGCAGAGAUGACUGCACCUGCAAGGGGUUUCAGUAUCAGGAAGGAAAUGGUACGUGCUAUCCAAAAUCUCUUCUCUUCAAUGGAAGGUCUUUCCCAACGCCCACUGUGCGCACAAUGUACAUCAAACUCCCAUCAAGUUUGGACACAUCAAAACUUCAGAUUCCGCAGUCCAAUGUGCUUGAUUCUGCACCACGUAAGCCUGUAUGUGGUCCUAUAAGCACAAUAUUCACGGAACAAAAUCCCAGUUACUUACAUAAGCCUAGUCAGGAGGAGCCAAAAUGGUUCUACUUCUAUGGGUUUAUUGGUGCAUUCUUCAUUAUUGAAGUUUUCUUUUUCACAUUUGCAUGGUUCUUUGUCUUGAGGAGGGAAUUGAAGUCAUCACAAGUAUGGGCAGCUGAGGAAGGCUACAAGAUGAUGACCAAUCAUUUCCGAAUGUAUAGCUACAGAGAGCUGGCUAAGGCAACUGAAAAAUUUGCACAUGAGCUUGGAUGGGGAGGUACAGGGGUUGCCUAUAAAGGCAUAUUAGACGAUGACCGACUGGUGGUUGUAAAAAAGCUGGGAAAUAUAAGGCACAGCAGAGAAGAAUUCAAUGAUGAGUUGCAUGUUAUUGCGAGGAUCAACCAUAUGAACCUAGUAAGAAUAUAUGGGUUUUGUUCAGAAAGAUCCCACAGGAUGUUAGUCCUCGAGUACGCUGAGAAAGGAUCGUUGGCACACAUAUUGUUCAAAAGUAAAAUCUCUUUAGAAUGGAAUCAGAGAUUCAACAUUGCCUUAGGUGUUGCAAAGGGACUGGCCUAUCUUCACCACGAGUGCCUAGAGUGGAUCAUUCACUGCAACCUGAAGCCUGAGAACAUUUUAUUGGACCAGGAUCUGGAGCCUAAGAUCACUGACUUUGGGUUGGCAAAGCUGGUCAACAGAUCUGGGGAUAAUCAAAAUGUAACACGAGCACGAGGAACCAUAGGUUACAUUGCUCCAGAGUGGAUAUCUGGUUUACCGAUAACUGCCAAGGUCGACGUGUACAGCUAUGGAGUUGUGCUUCUCGAACUGGUGUCAGGAACACGGGUUUUUGAUUUGGUCAAAGGUGAAGAUGAGAAGGUGCAUGUGAUGCUGAAGAAGUUCAUCAAGAUGCUUUCCUACAGAUUGGACAGGGAGGAACCCUUUUGGAUAGCAGAGUUUGUGGAUUUCAGACUGGGUGGUGAAUUCGACUACUCGCAAGCAAAAGCUUUGAUCAAGUUGUCUGUCUCGUGCUUGGAGGAAGAGAGGAAGAAAAGGCCAACGAUGGAAUCGGUAGUGGAGAGCCUCCUUUCAGUUGAUUUAGCUGCAACUGCAAAUCACUGAAACAGCUAUGGUGAAGGAAGUAUGGACGUUUUUUUUUCUUGAUUAGAGGGCACCAUGGAAUCUCUAUGGUAUACUGGUAUCCUAUUGUAAGCACCAUACUAAUUUUUGCAGUCUUAACUUCCUAUUACAGUGCAUCGUUCCAAGUUGUGUAGUGAUGGAACAGUGCUAAUGUAUUUCUAGUGGCUUUUGUGUAUAUUCAUAGUGUUGUAAUACUGACAAAAACAGAAAGCACAUUUGGGGAUGCUAGAUAGACCAGUAGCCCAGUACUAUAUUUUUUUGAACAUGAAAGUAACAAUAUUGAAAUAGUGAAACAA